AUAUAAAGGUCAUGGUCGUUUACAUUUCACAAGUGAUAUAAAAAAUUGUGGAAAAUUUUAGUAAAGGUGAGCAAUUUAAUAUAAUUCAAACGCAAUCGUAAUAAUUUUCAUAUUAUAUUUGUGUAAGGAACUGAUAUAAGAAGUUUAAAAUAACGAUCCAUCGAUUUUUAUCCAAUAUUUGUGCGUUUUUUGAAUGUCACUCGAACGAAUAUUCUUUAAUACUACUCCGUAGUUUCCUUUUUGAUGAGUAUAUUCUAAGCGAAAGAGUUGUAAAACAAGUAAACAAUGAAUAUAUAUCAAAUUCCUAGUCAUUUUAUUAAAGAAAGCUUCUUGAUCACUCAUGACAAACGAAAGGUGUACUCUAUAUUACUAGAUUAUGUAGCGAAUCGCAAACCAGGAUCCUUUUUAAAAUAAUAAAUUCUUAUCUAAUCUUAUCAAUUCUCUAGUAAGAUUCGUAGUCUUCAAUUUGAUUGAGGGGAGAUGAUAUCCUAACAACGAAAGUAUAAUGAACUUCUUCUUGAACUUUCAGAUGGCAGGGACAUUAACCUCUACGGACAUGAGCACCCUGGCCGGGCAGAGUUUACUCAAGCAUAUUCACGAAAGGAAUUUACCUGCAGUAGUAAAUUUAUUGGAUAAUGAGCACGUAUUUUUGGAUGAAAGAGAUGAGGAAGGACAAACAUUUCUAAUGAUAGCAAGUCAAGAUGGUUCAUGCGAAAUUAUUGAGGCUUUAAUACGGAAAGGAAUUGAAGUUAACGCUGUUGACAACGAUAAUUGGACUGCUUUAUUAAAUGCUGCUAAAAAUGGCUAUCUAAAUGUAGUUCAAAAACUUAUUGAUCACGGUGCUGACGUACAUCACAAAGAUAUAGGAGGAUGGACAGCUUUAACAUGGGCUAGUUAUAGGGGUCAUACGGAUGUUGUUCGCCAUUUACUAAAUCACGAAGCGAGUCCAAAUGUUUUUGGAGAUUAUCAUAUGUCACCUUUGAGUUGGGCAGCCGGUCGUGGUUAUACAGAAAUUGUUAAUUAUUUAAUAGCUGCAAAAGCCAAAGUAAACAGUCCUGAUAAAUAUGGUAAUACUCCACUAGUUUGGGCCUCGCGAAAGGGACACGUUGAAAUAGUUAAACUAUUAUUGGACAAUGGUGCUAGCGUUGAUAAUGUCGGAAUGAAUUCAUACACUGCGCUGAUGAUGUCAGCCAAAGGUGGUUUUGUUGAAUGUGUUCAACACAUAUUAGAUCAUAAUCCAAAUAUAAAUGCAGUCGAUAAAGACGGAUUUUCAGCUUUAACUUUAGCAUCAAAAGCUGGUCAUACGGAUAUCGUUCAAUUAUUAAUUCAAUAUCCAAGCGUUUAUAUUAAUUUUCCCGAUAAGUAUGGCGAUUCAACACUAAUUCAUGCGGUCAAAAGUGGACAUCAGGAAGUUGUUAAUCUGCUUUUGUCUAGGCAUCCAGAUAUAGAUAUUCAAGGAGUUGAUAAUAAAACAGCUCUCUAUUGGAGUGUUGAAAAGAGCCAUAAUACUAUAACAAAAAUUUUGUUAGCCUGGAACCCUAAUUUAGAAUUACAAACUAGAGAUGGAGAUACUGCUCUAUUGAAGGCUGUAAGAUAUAGGAACGCGGAACUAGUCGAGGCUUUACUAGAUAAGGCGAGAGUAUCGGCUGUUGAUAGGCGAGGAGAUACAUCUCUUCACGUUGCAGUCCGCAGUCGGAGUAAACGUAUCGCUGAAUUAUUGCUAAGAAAUCCCAAAGAUAGUAGGCUAUUGUAUAGACCGAAUAAAUCGGGAGAGACUCCUUAUCAAAUCGAUGCAACUCAUCAGAAAAGCAUUAUAACACAAAUAUUCGGCGCGAGACAUUUGAAUGCCGAAGAAUCAAUACAGGGUUACGACUUAUACAGUAGUACAAUAGCCGAUGUUUUAAGUGAACCAACUUUAAAUACACCAAUAACCGUUGGAUUAUACGCCAAAUGGGGUAGUGGCAAAUCAUUCCUGAUUGACAAACUACAAAAGGAAAUGAGAGCUUUUACGCAACACUCCGAGUUGAAAUUAUUCGAAUUUACUAUCAUUCAGUUGGUUUGUUGCCUAUGUUUUUGCCUAAUUAUUGGAAAUAUUUUGGGAUUUGGACUUAAUUGGAAGGUAGGAUUAGGAGUCGGCAGCGGAUUAUUAGUUAUAAUCUAUGGGAGUUUAUUCUAUAUUUGGUAUGGCAGUCAUAAGAAAAAUUGGAAUCUUGCAUUUAAUAUAAGUACAUAUUUGGCUUCAAAAUUGGAUUCUCUACAACUUCUCGCCCAAAUAUUAUUCUGUCAUGAACCUUCAAGAAGGAGCAGGGAGACGGCAAACGUUAAAUUUCUCUUUACAAACAAUGCGAGAAUGGCUGGAGUUGUAGGCGAGAAAAGCAUCUCGUCAAUGAUAACAACUCUAUGUAAAUCACUUGAGCAAGAGUAUGGUCUUCUCUGUACGAGAUUAUAUAGAGUAUUCAAACCUAAAAGUGCUCACGAGAAUGGAACUUUCAAGAAAUUAUGCUGCGUUCCUUAUUUUGUGAUCGUUGGUGUGCUCAUUGUUUGCCUCGUGGUUUGCCUUUCCCUCUUACUAGUUUUCAUUAAACAGGAAGAUGGUCUUAAAAAGUUAAGGGAGGAUAAAGCAUCCAUAGUUGUCAUAUCCGUUUUGGCCGGAAUCCUUGGAGUUGCAGUAUUAACCCAUCUAUUUACAUGGUCAAGGAUGAUAGUUGAAAUCUUUGUCUCUCCAAGAAGGAGAUUAAAUCAAAUAUCGAAUGAUAGGAAUUCGAUACGAUUAGAGGGUUUUAUUGAAAAUAUGAAAAAGGAAGUUGAAAUGGUAAGCAGUAUGACAAAAUGUAUGGACAGUUUCAGGAACAAACAUACGAGAUUAGUUGUAAUCAUUGACGGUUUAGAUAGUUGUGAACAAGACAAACUGUUACAAGUUUUAGAUACAGUCCAUAUGUUAUUUAGCGAUACUCAUUAUCCAUUUAUUACAAUUUUGGCCGUUGAUCCUCACGUUAUAAUCAAGGGAAUUGAAUCUAAUUUAUCUGGAUUGUUCAGAGAUUCUUCUAUAACUGGUCACGAUUAUUUAAGAACAUUGGUUCAUUUGCCAUUCUUCCUUCAAGGUCAGGCACCUGGCCGUUUGAUGGCUAAUAGAAAAAGAGAAGCUUCGGAGAGUGGUCUGGCGGGUAGCAGUACUCCACGAAGAAGAGAUAGCUUUUCUAAAUCUCGAAUGGGCAAGGAUUCAAAUAAUUUUAUGAGUAGUUUUCAACUACAAAAUCGACAAACUUCAAACUUAGAUUUGACCAAAAGUUUGUCAAAAAAUUCAUAUUUUUCUGACGUCAAUCCAAGAAAUAUGAGACGUCUAAUGAAUAUUGUGGCCGUUACUGGACGUCUUUUACGAGCCUACGACGUUGAUUUUAGCUGGUUUCGUUUAGCAGCUUGGAUAAAUGUUAUUGAACAAUGGCCUUACAGAAUGUCCUGGGUUAUUCUCGAAAUCGACGAUGACGAAACAAUAGAGGAUUGCGUAACGUUGAAAGCUGUUCUAGAUAGGGUUAUACAAAAAAUGCCUCAAUCCAAGGAAGUGGAACCAUUGUUAGAGAUUGAUAGAAAUCCCCGAAAACUAGAGGUUUUCCUACAGAAUCACUCGCCUCAGUUAACUGUUGCAGAUUUGAAGAAAUUCUUGCCAUGUGCUAUUAAUAUUGAUCCAUUUUUAAGGAAAUUAAUAUUAGAAAUGCAAAAUCAACAAGAACAAACCGAAGAUUUCUAUAAUUCUCACCCUCCUAUGAUUCACGCUAUUCCUCCCCCCGAACCUUGGCCUAUAACUGGCAGAAGAAGAAAUUACAGUGGGGAAACUAAUAGAUCUGCUCAACAAAACAUACAGCCAAGAAAUACACCGAAAUUUCAUUAUCAACCUCCAUUAUAUAAUUUUACGUCAUAUGUUCCUCCAUCCUUUCCUGGAAGUACUCAUGGAAUUAGGGAAGACGAAGGUCUAUUGACACCAAUCGAAAAAGAAUAUUUUGGAUUUGAGAAUCUUCUCACAGCAAAACCUCUCUAUAAGUAUUCAGCCAGAGAUAUUGGUAAACUUUUGUAUAAGAUUGAACAAUUCAAUAAAGAUAAAGUAAAAGAAUAUGAAAAGACUAUCAUUGAUCAAAAUAUAACCGGAAGUGUUUUGAGUACAUGCAACUUAAUGGAAUUAAAAAAAUCCUUAAAAAUGGUAUUUGGCGAUUGGGAAAUAUUGAAAAAUCUUAUUCAAACUAUGAGAAAUCAGGCGAAAGCGUCACCUCCUACUCCAAUUAUGGAAUCAACUUCGUCUGUAGAUGGGAGAAGAUCGAGAGAUUCUCCUCAUAAAGAGACUCUUGCAAGACAACAAUCGCUAACUAAGAGAGAUCGAAAGAAUAGUUUCGUAAAUGAAAUUUUAUUGGAGAAUCGUUUUAUAAAUGACGCAAUUGAAGAUGAAAUUAUAGCUGAACACGACGGCAACGACGGAGAUGAGAUAACUUUUUCCGUUCAACCUCAGAGAGAACGACGAAAUACACUAGAAUCAAUGGAGAAAGUUAAAAGUAUUUUAAAGAAGAAGAAAACUCCGGAUGAAGAGGAAAUUGAAAGUAUUGCAAAUUCAACACCUCAAUUUUUAACUCCUCAAGGAACACCUGGAAAAUCUCAUACUAAAUUUACAGGUGGCGAAACCGAUGAUAGGCCAUCAACAAGCGCAGAAGAUAUGGAACUUCAACAACUUUUACCAUCAUCUUCCAAAGAUAAUAGCAAUUGUAUAGUUUAA